ACGAAAGGUAAUUGCAAAGAAGGAAUCGUGUGUGAAUGAAAGAGGAUUUAUUUUGCUGGGCUGAAGAGGAGUAUGCCUGCUGUGUUUUUGCACACGUCUAUACGGGCAGUAUUACACUUUUUGGAAAUGGCAUAGCUAGAUGUCAUCAGAUGAAGCGGAGGGAAGCAGCCCAGUUCUGCCGAAGGAUUCAGAUGGGGGCAGUUCAGUGUCCUCCGCGCUGCAGGAUGAAUAUGAGGAGCUUCUCCGAUACGCUGUGGUGACUCCCAAGUUUGAGGUGGACCCGGCACGUCAGCCCCGCCACGCAUCGCAGGCACCCGCCGACGGGAGGAUCGCGGGGUUAAUGGACGCCACUCGCUCUCGCCCCCUUGUGGGGUCGACGGCCAAGUGGGCAGGAGAGCGUCUCUCGAGCAGCGAGGUACCGUCAGCUGGAGUCGCGCCCAGGGAGCACUCAGCCAGGGUUCUAGCUUCCGCAGAGGAGAUGCCCAUCAGGGCCAGUGUCGUGUCAGCCGUCGAUUUGGAGGAGGUGCACAGUGAGCCGGAGAGCUCUGGGAGCAGCAUCCCAGAGCCUGGGGUUACUGCCGUGACUGAGAUGUUUGUGUCUGAAGAGCAGCUGAGCCGUAUGGAACAGGUGCUGGAUACCUGGAGCGACAACCUGAAGGUUCACGUGAUGGCAGAGCUCCGCAAGUGGAAGCUGGUCUUCAUGGAGCAGCACCGGCUGGAGCUGAAGAGGGAGCGGCAGAGGCACGCAGCCCAGGUGGCUCGCCUCUCUGCCCAGACGGACAGUCUGAAGGAGCUGCUGCGCACCUACGAGACCUCCAACCAGAGGAAGGACGAGGUGAUCAGUAACCUGAGCCACUCGCUGGAGAGGCAGAGGGAGCGGCUGGAGCUGAUGAGGACCUUCACCCACUGGAGGCUGCAGCACCUUGAAGCCAAGGAGGAGGCUCACGCGGCCAAGGUGGCGGAGCAGCACUACCUGCUGCAGUUGAAGAGGAAGGUAUGGGCGGCCUGGCGCUCGCCCAUCCAAGCCCGGUGGAAGCAGCAUGUGGAGAGGGCAUGCCAGGCCCGCGCCGAGGCCGUGUGCGCCCAGCUGUCUGCCAACCACGAGGCACAGCUGGCCCAGUGCACCGAGGAACUGGAGGAGGCCCGGGGAGAGAUCCGGAGGCUGCACGCGGAGAGGGAGCGCUUCGAGGAGUCCAUGAAGAAGGCUUUCAUGCGAGGGGUGUGUGCUCUCAAUAUGGAGGCCAUGAGCGUGUUCCAGGGGGCUGAGGCCAGGCCAGACCACGACCUCCAGCCCGCGCCGGACGCCCCCCGCUCCAGCUCCUCGGUCUGCUUCCAGCCACAGCCCAACCCCCCUGCCCGCUCCAGCCCGGUGCACUUUGAGUCAGCCACGCCCCCCAGCCUGGCCCAUGAUGACGCAGAUCCUGCGUCCCAGUUCAUGUCUCAGUCUGGAUCUGGAGCUGGCCCAUUCAGAUCAGUGGAAGGCUUCCCCUCCACCACUUCAGUCAGUACUGUUCUUCCGCCAGGAGGCGCUGCAGCGACCCACAAACAGCCCGGCACGCGUGUCGUGACCUCGGCCCAGCAGAAGGCUGCCAAGACCAUCACGGCUCGCAUCACAGGCCGCCCCGACCUCAGAGGCAGGGCAAGCCGUGUGGCCGGGAGCCUGCAGGUGAUGGGGGUCGACCCGCCCAUGAGCUCGGUCAUCGUGGAGCGACACCAUCCCGUCACGCAGCUUACUGUCAGCCAGGCGACAGCAGCGAAGUUCCCCCGAUCCUCUCAGGGCUCCGCAGGUGGCAGAGGCCCCGCCCAUCACGGCAGGGCCCCCACCUCUCAGAUACACUCCAUCAAGCUGGUGGAAUGAAGCUCAGCCCCCCCCCACACACACACACGCACAAGCGAAAGGGCAUUCAUCAGGCUCGUUAAUCUGACACGGCUGAGGACUGGAGUGAAGGACUUGAAGAGCCUCACUUAGGCCAGUGUUUCCCAACCCGGUCCUUGGCAACCCCUAGCCAGUCCACGUUUUUGCUCCUUCCCAGCUAGGAGCGAAAAUGUGGACUGUCUGGGGGUCCCUGAGGGCUGGGAUGGGAAAUGCUGAUUUAGGCUACCUCUGUAUGCAUUGAUUGAUUGAUAUAUAAAUGAUAUACAUACACACACAUACGUGUGCGUGUGUGUGUAUGAUAUACAUUUUCAUAUGCUAAAAGGUCGAUUUUGAAAUGGGUAGUUAAAAAGAUUACGGUUGAGAAUUACAAUUGUGCGCAAUUAAGUUUUUUGUUGGAAAUAAUAACAUCAUACUAAACUCAUUUUCCUCAAACCUCAGGGACCACUUUCCUGUUUUAUGCAUUUGUUUACAUUUUUUUUUUUUAAAUGUUUUCAAUUAACUUUGUCUGAUUUUUAAUAAAUUUUAUUAAUGAAGUGUA